AUGGCUGUUUCAAAAAUUUUUGCUAGAUACGUUUACGAUUCUCGUGGUAAUCCAACUGUUGAAGUUGAUUUACAUACUGAAAAAGGUUUAUUCAGAGCCAUUGUUCCAUCUGGUGCUUCUACUGGUAUCCAUGAAGCCUUAGAAUUAAGAGAUGGUGAUAAAUCUAAAUGGUUAGGUAAGGGUGUUUUAAAGGCCGUUGCUAACGUUAAUGAAAUCAUUGCUCCAGCUUUUGUUAAGGCUGACAUUGAUAUUAAAGAUCAAGCUAAAGUUGAUGAAUUCUUAAACUCAUUAGACGGUACUCCAAACAAAUCUAAGUUAGGUGCCAAUGCUAUCUUAGGUGUUUCUUUAGCUGCUGCUAAGGCUGCUGCUGCUGAAAAGAAUGUCCCAUUAUAUAAACAUAUUGCUGACAUUUCUGGUGCUAAACAAGAUAAAUUUGUUUUACCAGUUCCAUUCCAAAAUGUCUUGAACGGUGGUUCCCACGCUGGUGGUGAUUUAGCCUUCCAAGAAUUCAUGAUUGUUCCAACUGAUGCUCCAACUUUCUCUGAAGCUUUAAGAAUUGGUUCUGAAGUUUACCACCACUUAAAAACCAUCACUAAAAAGACUUACGGUCAAUCCGCCGGUAAUGUUGGUGAUGAAGGUGGUGUUGCUCCAAACAUUGCUACUCCAAAGGAAGCUUUAGAUUUAAUCACUGCUUCUAUUGAAAAGGCUGGUUACACCGGUAAGGUUGGUAUUGCCUUAGAUGUUGCCUCCUCUGAAUUUUACAAGGAAGAAGCUAACAAGUACGAUUUAGAUUUCAAAAAUCCAAACUCUGACCCAACUAAAUGGUUAACUGGUGAAGAAUUAGCUUCCUUAUACGAACAAUUGAUUGAAGAAUAUCCAAUUGUUUCCAUCGAAGAUCCAUUUGCUGAAGAUGACUGGGAUGCUUGGGUUCACUUUUACUCCAAGGUUGGUUCUAAGAUCCAAAUUGUUGGUGAUGAUUUAACUGUCACUAACCCAAUCAGAAUUAAGACUGCCAUUGAAAAGAAGGCUGCUAAUGCUUUAUUAUUAAAGGUUAACCAAAUUGGUUCUUUAACCGAAUCCAUCAAGGCUGCUAAUGACUCUUAUGCUGCUGGUUGGGGUGUUAUGGUUUCCCACAGAUCAGGUGAAACCGAAGAUACCACCAUUGCUGAUUUAUCUGUUGGUUUAAGAGCUGGUCAAAUUAAGACUGGUGCUCCAGCUAGAUCUGAAAGAUUAGCCAAAUUAAACCAAAUCUUAAGAAUUGAAGAAGAAUUAGGUGACAAGGCUGUCUACGCUGGUAAGGACUUCCACAUUGCUCAAACUUUAUAA